AUGUUCACAUUCUACGGAUGGCUCGUCUGCCUAUGGAUAACGAUAAUACCAUUCCAGUACGGGUACCAUAUCUCAGUACUGAAUCAGCUGCAUGCCGUGAUAACUUGUUCUCCUCCACACUCGAAAUCGUUACCGUCGUCGUUGCCAACAUGCCUUCCAAUGACAGAAUUCGCAUUCAGCGCAGUCACCGCGUCUUUCACGCUAGGCGGGCUCCUGGGGAGUCUGUUUGCGAACAUUCUUACCGACAAGUACGGCCGCAAGUUUGCUGCCAACGUGAGUGGGGCUGUAAUGGCGCUGGGUACCGCUAUUAUGGGGCUUGCUGCGGGAGUGCCUGCACUUUUCAUUGGGCGGCUAUUCGUAGGCGUCAGUGCAGGCCUUGGGCUCUGCGUUGCGCCGAUAUACAUCGCAGAGAUAGCACCUGCUAAGAUCAAGGGAACGUUGGGUGUGCUCACCCAGCUUGGGAUCGUGCUGGGCAUAUUCGGCACGCAGCUACUUGGGCUGAACUUGGCGGCGCCGACGACGUGGAGGUACGUCUUUGGAUUUUCAUUCGCAGUCGCCGUCACGCAAGUCGUACUGAGUGGCGGGAUCGUGGAGAGCCCCCGUUGGCUGGGUGCAAGAGGUCGCCAUGAUUUUGAGACAGCUGUGGAAGCAAGGUUGUGGCGUGUUGAAUCGGCGGGAGAGGACCGGGAAGCGCUCCUAAACGAGGCGCCAGACGACGUCGAGGAAAGGCGGGCCAAGGCCCAGACGCCGCCUAUUGCGGUGCCAGAUGUUUUAUUGCGAACGCCUGCCGACUUGCGUGUGCCAUUACUCGUAGUCUCGUCGGCAAUGCUCGCGCAGCAAGUGUCGGGUAUUAAUGCGGUGCUUUACUAUUCAAACGAUAUCCUGUCGAGCGCUCUUCCCGACCUUGGCCCUUACAUUAGCCUCGGCAUUACUGUCGUAAAUGUUCUCAUGACCUUCCCGCCCAUCGUCCUGAUUGAGCGAUGGGGCCGCAAACGUCUCCUCCUUCUGUCCACUCUCGGCGCUCUUCUCUCCCUCAUUACAGUUGGUGUCUCUUUAAACUAUACCUGGAAGACAUCUGCUUCAAUCGCCAUCAUCACAUUCGUCAUGUCUUUCGCUGUUGGACUCGGACCUAUCCCUUUUGUUAUGAUACCAGAGGUAUCACCGUUCUAUGCCGUUUCUGCACUCUCAUCCAUUGCACUUUCUCUCAACUGGAUCGCAAACUUCUUGGUCGGUCUCGCUUUCCUACCCCUUCGCAGGUUUUUGAGCGGCGGCGAAGAAACUAAGCAGGGAAGGGUCUUUUGGGUCUUUGCCGUUGUCCUGGCAGUCACUAUGACUAUUGUAACUAAGGGCUAUAAAGGAAGAUAA